AUGGACAACAGUGUUGGCCACUUACCAAAAGAAAGUAUCAAACCGAAAAAUGAGAUACAAAUAACAACCGAUAGGCGAAAAUUUGCGACCAUAUUUCCACUCGGUGUCGACCAUAGCGCAAACGACGAUGUCAUCGCUGUGGAUAAACGUGAACUUGGAAAAAAUUCUGAAGAGCGACAGCAAACGGAGACUGUUACUAUUAUCGAGGACGGGUCGUGGAGCACCAAUAAGGGGAACUUUCGUAUUGCUGUUGCUAAAGGUGACACAAACUAUUCUAAUACUGCAGAAGAGUCAAAAGGUAACAGCAACAGCAGUGUACCUAAAGCAAAAGAAAAGCAGGAAACGGACAAUGUAACUUACCAAGAUAAGGGUAACAAUAUUAACACUACUACGACAAUUUCUUUUGAUAUUAAAUAUACCUCAACAAAACCGAGAGAGGAUUCUGGUGCCGCCAUCACAACAACGGACACCAACAAACUCUACAACAAAACCGCCAACAUCCUAAAUUCUUCACUUGUCACCUCCCCUUCAUCGCCAUAUAAACCGACCCCCAACAUGACUGUUAACGCCGAAACUCAUAACCAACAUGAAUCACAACCGGCUUCGCCCAACUCCACAAACACACCAUAUUCUUACUCCGAAGACCCUGAAACAGAUUCGAAGCAUAUAUCUGAGAUUGCUGAAGAUGGAAUGACAACUUCAAGACUUGCUGAGGUGGACCCUUCAGUACAAGGAUUGCCAACUCAGGAUACAAGGUCGUCAAGUAGAAGUACCUCAGCACAAAUUCCCACACCAAAACAGAUAAUACGGAUAGAUAGAGACUAUUCUAGAGGAGAACUAUGCCAAUUUUAUACUGCUUUUCCACUUGAAAUAGAUGGAAGGGUCACGCCUCGUGUCUUUCAACAGACCAUAACAACGUUAAAUGAGUUACUGGAGAGAGCUCAUAGCCCCAAAUAUAAUUGGGUGGAUAAUUUCCUCGCCUGUUUAACUUUAUACACAUCAACUCUGUGUAAAAGGCCACAUUAUGAUCGAGUAAAUCACCAAACUUAUUUCUUUCAAGUUGGUUUAUGA